ACUAGAUCUUUCUUGUGGAUCCAUGUCUAGUAAAGCUUGAGGAAUUUUCCGUCACCACUGGCGAAGAAACGAAGAUUUCAUCCUCGAUCUGAAAUCUAAACUCUAUCGAUUUGACAUUCAGUGGAAGGAAAGAGGUUUUGGAACUGUUAGAGCUAUUGAAACAUCGUGAAACUGUAACAGUUCGUCUUUUAAUGCGGCACUCUAAGACUCAAGAUCUGCAUCAAUCACUACGGCACAAACCCUAACUCUCCCAUAGAUCUGUUUGCCUGUUCCAACUUCUCGUGUCAAGAAGCAAACAUUUCCUCUUGAAUGUCGUAUAUCAGGCACAAACCCUAACUCCAAAGGUCCUCGAGCUGAAAUCGGGCGAUUUCUUUACUGAAAUGGCAAUUCUCGGUGUCAACAGGCCCUUGUUGUUCAGCAUCUUACUCCUCACUCUGUCUCUUCUAGCCGCAGUGGUCUUCUUCUCGCCUUCCACAUUGUUUCAGCCCUCGGUCUCUUUAAGUACUUCUGAGGAAGGGAGAGUAUCAAGUAUAUGGAAUGUUCGGAGAAUUGUAGAAUGGCGGCCCUGUAAAUGGUGGAUUGAAGGAUAUCAAACCGCUAUACCAGAAGUUACUACUAAUAAUGGUUACAUCCGAGUUGAUUGCUAUGGUGGCCUCAAUCAGAUGAGAAGGGAUUUAUGUGAUGGUGUUGGUAUUGCUCGAUUACUAAAUGCUACUCUUGUUUUACCUAAGUUUGAAGUUGCUGCUUACUGGAACGAAUCAAGUGGUUUUGCAGAUAUAUUUGAUGUAGACUACUUUAUUCAGCAAACAAAUGGCUAUAUCAAAGUAGUUAAAGAUUUACCUCCCGAAAUCAAAUCUAAAGAACCAUUUCGAGUCGAUUGCAGUAAGCGCAAAGGCCAGUUUGAUUACAUCGAGGGCGUACUUCCCUCCUUGUUACAGCAUCGUUAUAUUUCAAUUACUCCUGCCAUGAGUCAACGAAGGGAUAGGUAUCCAUUAUACGCCAAGGCUGCUCUCUGCCAAGCUUGUUAUGGUGCACUGCGCCUCACGAGACGUUUGGAGGAGAAAGGUCUUCAUCUUCUUGAAGCCAUCCCGAAGCCUUUUCUCGCCCUUCACCUUCGUUUCGAACCUGACAUGGUUGCUUAUAGCCAAUGUGAAUAUCCAGGAAUCUCAGCAUCUUCUCUGAAAGCCAUAGAUUCGGUUAGGGGAGAUAGAAAGCCCUGGACCGGUGAAACUGCCACUGUUUGGAGAACUCGAGGUAAAUGUCCUUUAACUCCCAACGAGACUGCACUCCUUCUGCAAUCUCUGUCGAUUCCUACGAAUACGAACAUUUACUUAGCAGCCGGCGACGGUAUAAUGGAACUUGAAGGGCUAAGCAAUGUGUACACGAACGUGUUUACGAAAGCUAGCUUUCUAAGUGGGGAUGAGUUUGAAAGCAUGCAUGGAAAUACGAAAGCAGCGCUGGAUUAUUAUGUUUCAGUUAACAGCGAUUCUUAUGUCGCGACUUAUUUUGGAAAUAUGGAUAAAAUGGUGGCUGCUAUGAGAGCUUUUAAUGGUUUGUUCAAGACUGUUUUCUUGAAUAGGAGGGAUUUUGCGGUUUUCAGUUCUAAAGGGUUGAAGGGGAAGGAAAUGAUGGAAGCUUUAUGGAAAUCGCAUAAAGAUGAUUUUGCUAUGGGGAUCGGUUCGGCUCUCCCCGAAUGCUUUUGCCAAUAUAAACUCGAUCCAGCAACCAAUCGGUAAGCAAAUUUUACUUUCGCGUUUAUGUAGGCGUUUGUUUAAUAUCAAUGAGUACUUGUCUAACUAAAUUUCAUUCUUUAGAUAAUUCUAUUACUCAAUUGCAUGGUAUGUUUUUUAUGUAAAAUUUUGAAAAUAGGUAAUUGUUUUGAUGUAAUAAUAGAAGAUGUUAAUAAUUAUCAUUUAUUUAUUAAGUUAGGAAUGGUUGGGGUGGGGUAUUAA